AUGGCCGGCCUGGGGCGCCUCAACGCGCAGGUGGACGUUGAUGUUCAGAUUAUCGGUCAGAACAACGUCGCCCCGCCGCCCAACCCGCUCGCCAACAAUCCCGUCGACUUCAACUAUCAGGCUAACGGCUUUGGUGGUUUUGGUGGCCGAGCUCCCACCCCCAAACCCGUCUUUGAGCCAUUGCCGCCCCCGCGAGAAGGCUUUACUCGCGAGAGUGGUCCUGACGUCGUGGUCAUCUGCCCCAGCUGUGACGAGGAGCUGAAAUACAACUCGGAGGACAAGGAGGACGGCCCACCAACUAAAAAACCCAGAACACGCAAGGACCGAGAGGAGCAUCACUUCUGGGCUGUGAAGGCCUGUGGCCAUGUCUUCUGCAAGAAGUGCUAUGACAAUCGGAAGAGCAGCUCACUGUCCAGUUUUCGCCGUGAAACUGUCUCGAACUCGAAGCAGCCCAAGUAUCUUUGCGCUGUUGACGACUGUGACUCCGAAGUCUCGCAAAAAACCGCCUGGGUGGGGAUCUUCAUGUGA